AUGGCACCCCCCAAAUACAAACCAUUCAAUCCCGAUGCUGGGAAGUCGUUCACUCCUGGUGGCUAUAACCAGGGCUUGAAUAACGACUUUCAGGCCGGAGGCUAUCAGGGUGGUUACCAGGGUGGUUACCAAGGGGGCUACCAGGGUGGCUACCAAAACUAUCAGAGUGGUUAUCAAGGUGGCUAUCAGGGUGGCUACCAAGGAGGUUAUCAAGGAGGUUAUCAAUCUGGUGUCAAGAGCUCCUAUGGAUCAGGUCAGAAUACUCCUAAUGGAGCUUCUACUCCUUUGUCAGUCAACUCAUCGACCACCUCUUUAUCUUCGUUGGCCUCAGCUUUGAAGGAAAUUGAAAAGUCGCCUAUUUCUGAGUUCUUUGAGUCGAUUCGUGAUGCCAAGUCUCUAGCUGAUGUCAAAACGGCGGCAAGCUCGAUUUCUGAGGUCCUGGCUAAAGACGGAGCUGACAAAAUCGAAGAAUACAGCGUCCAUGAGCAUGUGACUAGUUUAUCAAAGACCAAGGGUUCAGCUCUUCACCGUGAGGCCGCUCUGAUUGUCUUGUCAACCAUUGCUCGUAAAUUUGGCUCUGAGUCACCAGCCCAAGCUUAUUUGCUUCAGGAUUUUACAUUACCUUUGGACUUACUAGCUGAUAAGGAGAAUUCUGUUAAGAGAGCUGCCCAAACAACAUCUGACAGUUUAGUGACUGUUUAUGGAAAUGAAGCCUUGGUUUCAGCAGUUUUGUCGAAGCUUUUAAAAUACUUGGAUUCUUCUGCCAAAUGGCAAAGUAAGAUCGGGGCAUUGAAGAUCGUUGAGAAGAUUCUUCAAACUGUUCCACAAGAUUAUCUUGAAUCCAGAUUCGUUGAUGCUUUACCAGUCUUGACUAAUGUUAUGCAUGAUAUGAAGCCUGAACUAUCAAAAGCAGGUACCAAGACCUUGACUGAUUUUGCUAACAAAGUGGAUAACCAAGAUAUUGUCCCUCGUAUUCCCGUCAUUAUCAAGACCUUGGCAGAUCCAAAAAAUGUUCAAGAUUGCAUCAAGACUCUAUCUCAUGUCACUUUCGUCACUGAAGUACAGGAGCCUACUCUUGCCAUUUUGGUUCCUAUUUUAAAUCGUGCAUUGAACUUAAGCUCUACCUCGCAAGAUGCUCUCCGUCAGACUGUUAUUGUUGUUGAAAACUUGACAAGAUUGGUGCACAAUCCUGCUGAAGUCAAGCAUUUCAUUCCUCAAUUACUUCCUGGUGUUAAAAAAGUUGUCGAUACCGCCGCUCAGCCAGAAGUUAGAGAACUUGCCUCAAAGGCUCUCAAAGUACUUGAAGAUGCUGAGAAAGAAACUCCUAAUAAAACCAAAAUAAGCAUCGACGAGGCGUCUCAAAAAGUUUCUUCUACCGAUAGUACUUUAAGUACCUACGGUUCACAGUUGGUUGCUAUUGCCGUCAACACCCGUGAGUUCCAAAACCUGUUGAAUAUUUACACUACCAUUCUCGGUGUUCCUGAAGACCAAGCUGCUGAGAAUGUCCACUAUUUCAAAUCGCUUUUUAAGGACACUGUUGUUCAAGAUGAUGGUGAAGAAGGUAUUGAGAUUGUCAACGCUAAUUUCUCAUUGGCUUACGGUGGUAGAAUGCUUCUGAAUAAGACUGUCCUUCGAUUAUUCAAGGGUCAUCGUUACGGUCUUUGUGGUCGUAAUGGUGCUGGUAAGUCAACUUUGAUGAGAUCUAUUGCUGAUGGCAAGUUGGAGGGUUUCCCCGACAAGUCUGAACUUCGUAGUUGUUUUGUUGAGCACAAGUUACAAGGAGCUGAAACUGAUAUGGACUUGGUUAGCUUUAUUGCUUCCGAUCCAGAGCUUUCUCAUGUCGAAAAGUCUGAUAUUGCAGGUGCUCUUGCUGAUGUCGGUUUCGAUGAAGAACGUCGCGCCCAAAAUGUUGGUGCUUUGAGUGGUGGUUGGAAGAUGAAGCUCGAAUUGGCUAGAGCCAUGCUCAUGAAGGCCGACAUUCUUCUCUUAGACGAACCUACCAAUCACUUGGAUGUUGCUAAUGUGAAGUGGCUCGAAGAUUACUUAAACAAGCAUACCGAAAUUACCAGUUUAAUUGUUUCCCACGACUCUGGUUUCUUGGAUGCUGUUUGUACUGACAUUAUUCACUAUGAAACUAAGAAAUUGGUUUACUACAAGGGUAAUCUUUCCGAGUUUGUAAAGGUCAAGCCUGAGGGAAAGUCUUAUUAUACUCUUACAGACUCUAACGUUAAAAUGGCAUUCCCUCCUCCAGGUAUUCUUACUGGUGUAAGAUCUAAUACCCGUGCUAUUGCUAGGAUGUCACAUGUAACUUUCACCUAUCCUGGUGCUAGUAAGGUUUCAUUGGCUGAUGUUUCUUGUACUCUGUCACUUUCGUCGCGUGUGGCCAUUCUUGGACCCAAUGGUGCAGGUAAAUCUACUCUUAUCAAGCUCUUGACUGGUGAGUUGAUUCCCAACGAAGGUACUGUUGAGAAGCAUCCUAAUCUACGUAUCGGAUAUAUCGCACAGCACGCUUUGCAGCAUGUUGAGCUCCACAAGGAGAAGACUGCCAAUCAAUAUCUGCAAUGGAGAUAUGCUAAUGGUGAUGACCGUGAGGUACAUCUCAAACAGACCAGAAAGAUGAGCGACGAAGAGAAGGAGAUCAUGGCUAAGCCUAUAGACAUCAAGGACGGUCGAGGCCCUCGUAGAGUAGAGGCUAUUAUUGGCCGUUCUAAGCUCAAGAAGUCGUUCCAAUAUGAAAUCAAAUGGGUUGGCUGGUUACCCAAAUUCAACUCGUUCAUUCCUCGUGAGGACCUUCUUGGAUACGGUUUCCAUAAACUCAUUCAAGAAUUUGAUGAUCACGAGGCUUCAAGAGAGGGUCUUGGUUAUAGAGAAUUAUCCCCUCCUGUUAUUAGAAAACAUUUUGAAGAUGUCGGACUCGAUGGUGAUAUCGCAGACCACACUCCAUUGGGAAGUUUAUCUGGUGGCCAAUUGGUCAAGGUUGUCAUCGCUGGUGCUAUGUGGAACAAUCCCCAUUUGCUUGUGUUGGAUGAGCCUACCAAUUAUCUCGAUCGUGACUCGUUGGGUGGUCUUGCCGUUGCCAUUAGGGAUUGGUCUGGUGGUGUAAUUAUGAUUUCCCACAACAACGAAUUUGUUGGCGCUUUGUGUCCUGAGCAAUGGAUUGUUCAAGAUGGUAAAGUUGUCCAAAAGGGCAAGUCUGAGGUUGCCAGUGACCGAUUUGAAGACUCUGGGUCGUCUGCGCCAUCAACUGCUCCUUCAACUGCUGCCAACUCUGACGCUGAGGAUAGUGCUUCUCCUUUGAAUAUCAAGAUCAAAAAGAAGAAGAAGAAGCUGACGAGAAACGAGAUUAAAGAACGAGAUGCUCGUCGUCGUAAGAGAUAUCUUGAGUGGUUGAGCACUCCAAAGGGUACUCCCCGUCCUCCUGACACUGAUGAUGAGGAUGAAUAA